AUGAAGAAGGUGAAAAGCCGCUCAUGGACGGGUCUGGGAGGAUGGCUAUUGGCGGUGUGGGUGCAGUGCGUGGGGCUGCCCCCAGAGGCCGCCGCUGCCGUCGCAGCGGCGAUGACCUUUGCCUCUGCAUUGUGGCUGUUCUGUGACCGGAUACUGGGAUGGCGAGGGACGCUGGCGGGCUGGCUAGUCCUUGAGGCAGGAUUUCUGCUCGUCAACGGGUGGAGGUACUGGAGGUUUAAUAGGCAACCAGACAGACACGAGGCGGCGGACAGUGACCCCAAGGCAACGUUUAGAAAAUUCUGCAGUGUGGCUCGCGUGCUUGAUGUUUCAGAGCAGAUUACAGAUUGGUUCUUCGGAUGCCAAAUGUGUGACUUGAGAAGGGACAACAUAGCUGAUCUCAUUGCGUAUGGGUUUUGGUACACAACAAGAGAGCAAAUGGAAUCCGAGGGCAAAGGGGAGGCACUUAGGGACGCUCUCAGACUGCUGAAGGAGAGUGUUGGUGUUGAUGCCCCGCCGGGGCACAAUUCUAAAUUACGCUUUCGAUCUCACCUGUGGAAUGCGUUGCCAGGUGUACACUUCCCGUUGGCCUUUUACGCAUUCAUGGAAGUUCUUGGUUGUCUUUCCCAUGUCGGACUCGUGCUUGGCGGGUUCACCAAGCACAGUCAUGGCGACCUGACAUUCUUCGUCCAUGGUUUGCCUGCUCAAGAGCAUCGGCAACCUUACAGUGAUUCCAGGCCAGGGAAGGUGCCCAUGGUGUUUAUGCAUGGCAUUGGUAUUGGUCUGUUGCCCUACGUGGGUUGGGUCCAGAAACUCAGGCAGAUGGGCCAUCCAUUGAUCGUGAUCGAAUGUCGCCACACCAGCAUGAGGCUGACUUUCACAACACCGACGGUGGAUGACACAGUGUCGCUGCUGGCCUCUGUCCUCGACAGGCUCCAAAUCUCGUCUGUGGGUCUGGUGUCACAUUCUUAUGGCACCUUCAUUGCCAGCCGCUUCGCAAGCCUCCACCGGCACCGUGUGGCCUCGCAGUGCUUCAUCGACCCCGUGUGUUUUGUCAUGCACAACCCCACCCUGCUCACAAACUUCGUAUACAGACGCCUCAGUUUUCGCAGCAUCAGGUCGCUGUUGAGGAGUGCCAUAAUGCUGCUAGUGGCCAGGGAGCCAUCCAUCGCGGCGUCGGUGUGCCGGCGAUUUGCCUGGAGCCAGCUUAACCAGUGGCCCGACGAGCUGCCCGACAAGACUGUGAUCGUUCUUUCAGCUCUUGAUGAGCUAGUGCCUGUGGGGGAUGUGAAGGAACUGAUGGAGCACAGCGGCAGGGCGCACGUUCUCAUCCACCCCACUUACCGACAUGCACAAUUCCUCAUGUCACCCACCUGGCAGGCCACAAUUUUGGACCGCAUCGCCAAGGUUUGUAUGUAG